ACAGAAACGGGUUUGAUAGCUGCAAGCGAGGAGAGGAGCAUAAUGUUAUUAUUUUAUAUUAACACAUAGUUGUGAUUGUGUAUUCAUCAGUGAGGUUAUCUUAAUUAGUAUUUGCAAAGUCUGUUUGCUGACCAAGCUGAAAUAGUAGAAAUUCUGCGCUCGACUGCAGCACUUUUGCCAUGGAAUAUGAAUAGCUAUGAACUCCGUUUCUAUAAACUCACCUUUCACUCAAGUGACACUCGACUCACUUUGCAAGUCUGUGGUAAUUAGAUCAAAGUGAGUAGCCUGGGGAAAUGAAACCACCACCAGGCAUGACCGUGGAGAAACCAGCCGCAGGUGUUCGCACCUUCGGCGGCCUGAACAUCCUUGGGCACCUGGCGAGUCUGGGGGCUCACCCCGCCGCCGUGGCUUACUCCAUGACCACCCUGGGAGCAGGCAUGAUGAACAGCAUAUUCAGCUUCUACUAUGUCAAGCUGUUCCUCAACAAGUACAAGAUAUCAGAAGGAGCUUUCCAUCAGUCACAAGUGGUGUACAUGGUGUGGAAUGCAGUGAACGACCCUCUGUUCGGCUACCUGCAGGAUAACUCCCGCGUACCGUGCUGCUCUCAACGUCGUCUCUCCAUCCUGUAUGGUGCUCCCUUCUACGCAAUCGCCUUUCUGCUCGCCUGGUUUCCAUGGCGAGAGUACGCCCCCGGCGACUGGAUGAGCGGCGUCCACCUGAUGGUGGCGUUGUGUGCGUUCGACGGGAUGCUGACGUUUGUGUUGCUGGCACAGUGCGCCCUCUUUGCAGAGAUUUCAGGCCACCACCAGAGCAGGCUGAGACUCAUCAAAUACAACCAGGUGGCGUCACUUAUAGGUUCUUCCAGUGUUCUAUUCUGCGGCCUCCUCUCCCAGAACAUGGAUGACUUCCCAUCCUUCCAGGGCUUCACUGUCCUGGUGGCCGUUCUGGCUUGUGGCUGCAUGAUCUACACAGGCCUACACAGCGAGAGCCGCUUUGACACCAAAGGGUCAGCACCGAGGUCAAACUACCAAGGUUCUGGCCAAUCAACUCUUUCCUUCUCCUUGGUGAUCUCUAUGACCUUGCAGAUCCUGACCAAUAGGGACUUCCAGCUCUUUGUGCUCAUGAACUUCUUUCAGGUCUUCAUGGUGGCAUUCUGUAAUAACUUCACUAUGAUCUUCGCCGAGCAUCUGAUACCCCCCAAUGUGCUUCCGUCUCUGGCCAAGAGCUUCAUGUAUGGAGCUGGCUUCAUCUGUCCUCAGUUGGUUGUGCUGAGCAGUCAGAGCCUGCUCCACAGCCUAGGCUACUACAAGAUCAUCCUGCUCACCUUCUACGUGGAGGCUGGCAUGGCUGCCGUCAUGCUGGUGCUGGGGCCACAUCACUACUACAUCCUGGCAUUCUUCCUGACCGCUAACAUGGUCCUUGUCCAGGCAGCCUUCAGUCUGUUUAACCUGCCUCUGGCUGACAUUAUCGACUCAGACCUUCAGAGACACAAGCGCAGCUCCCCCCUCUCCUCCAUGGUGUUUGGGACCAAUGCUCUGUUCACUAAACCAGCCCAGUCUCUGGCUCCUAUGCUGGUGGUCUCCCUCCUAAACCAGUUUGGCUAUGAGAACCUGAAGGACGCUGGGAGGGAUGCAAACCCCAGGUAAGGGCUGCUGGGAGGGAUGCAAACCCCUGGUAAGGGCUGCUGGGAGGGAUGCAAACCCCAGGUAAGGGCUGCUGGGAGAGAUGCAAACCCCUGGUAAGGGCUGCUGGGAGAGAUGCAAACCCCAGGUAAGGGCUGCUGGGAGGGAUGCAAACCCCAGGUAAGGGCUGCUGGGAGAGAUGCAAACCCCUGGUAAGGGCUGCUGGGAGAGAUGCAAACCCCUGGUAAGGGCUGCUGGGAGAGAUGCAAACCCCAGGUAAGGGCUGCUGGGAGAGAUGCAAACCCCUGGUAAGGGCUGCUGGGAGAGAUGCAAACCCCUGGUAAGGGCUGCUGGGAGAGAUGCAAACCCCUGGUAAGGGCUGCUGGGAGGGAUGCAAACCCCAGGUAAGGGCUGCUGGGAGAGAUGCAAACCCCAGGUAAGGGCUGCUGGGAGGGAUGCAAACCCCAGUGACUUGGAGGCCCUCCACACCACCAUGUUCUACCUGGUGUGUGUGGUGCCCAUGUGUAUUGCCGCCCUGCAAGUCUUCGCCUGGAAGCCCUUCUCAAUACGCAACAGUCACACCGUGGACACCAUGUAUAUCGACGGCUGAGUCACUCAAUUUAUGCUGUUUAUGAGUCACAGUCUAUGCUGUCUUUUAAGACUUGAUAGGUUGCUGCAGCACUCCUAAAGGGAACAUGGGGGUGUAAUGGCCGGAGGGUACUGCAGAAGAAAACACUCCAUCUGUAUGUGUUUGUUAUGUUUGUUGGUGAACUUGUCUGGUGGUGAUGAAGGGAAUGGUACUGACCUUAACUCUGGUAGCAGGAGCACAGUGCCUGAGUCUGCUAUUACUCUAUGCAAUAAUAUUAUGUUAGUUACUGUGGAAACUGUAUGACUUAACCAAGUUUGAGGGAUAUUGUAGCAUCAGAUUACUUUCACAUAGUUUAUUAGUUUUCAGACUUUGUUCUCCAAACAAAUUGAAUGUAAAAACAGAUUUUUUCUUUGACAUUGUGUAUACUACAUACUGUUAUCAUGGGACCUGAACCAUUGUGAUGUUGUGCCUUUGUCUAAAUAGUUAAUACCAAACAAAUAUGCUAUUACUUUUCAUUCAAAUGAUUUGCAUUCAUUUGUUGGGGAAUGUUUCCUACGUGUCCUUUUACACUGAUCCCAUUUAAAAACAAUACGCCUUCAUUCAAAUAACUUGCACGUGUUAUUUACGUUGACUUUUCAAACUGAAACAUGGACAAAACAAAUUGGAUAUUCAAAUAGGUGAACUUCAGAUUCAGUAGAGGGACUUCUGUUUUUCUUUCUGAUUAAUUUGAAGUUUAUCAAUAAAUCGAGAUUGUUUUUGUCUGGUUA